AUGGAGACAUUGUACCCAGCGCCGCGCCGCGCCCGCACCCCAGACCCACCAGCCGGGUGGGUGGCUAUCGACGCCGCCCCAGCAUCCUCCCCAAACCCCUCCAUUCCGCACCUUCCUUUGCCCAAGGCACGAACUGCCUUUGCCAUGGCGCGUCAAGGCAGCGACGACCACCACGACAGGCGUCGCGAGUCAAGGCUCGGCUUCUCUGGUCUCUCCGGACUCACGCAUUCCAACACGUUAGGUUACUCGUCUCGCCGUCGUCGCCCAGAGCAUAUCCACCAGCACCAAAAGUCGCAGCCCCCAAGUGAUGAACCUCAGGACAAGGACCCCCGACGGAAUCACGACGGCGAGCAUACACACGGAUCUGCCCGCCAGCUUCCCCAGGACGAGCGUAAGGAACACGCUCGGGCCAUGCACCACAAGUUUGCCAGCGAAGGAUGGAUGCUUGAAGACGACAGCGGAAGCAAGCUCGGACGGCGCAUGUCCACCCUGCGUGGCGGGAAUGGCAUCUCGAGUUGGCGCACCAUGCGCAAGCACGACAAUGGCAGCCGGUACGCCUACCAGCCUAGCUACAGCCACCACACGCCGUCCUUUGCCAGCAGCGCUCCGAGCGUCGCUCCCAGCGUGGCGCCCUCCACGUCGACCGCCUCCGACGCGGGCAGCGACAGUGGGCACCGCACAGGCUCGGCGCGUCACCAUACGCUCUCCCAUGUUCGCAACUCGACGAACAGCAUUCACAACGACCAGUCGAGGGAGGCGUCACUCACCAAUUCGCCCCAGAGCGCCAAGUCGCCCCUCUCGCCCGUCACGCCGCGCAGCCCAUACGGGCCCAGUCUCGGUUCACCUGGCAAGCGCAACAUGUCGCGCACAUUCCGACAUCCUAACAUAGACGAGGUGCUUCCUUUCGCCUCGUCUCCCUUUGCCGCGUGGGACCCCAUAGCCAUAGAUGCCGAGUCGUCCGGCAAGCCUGCGCCCUCCAGAGCCGACAAGGAUGGGGCCGGGUGGCGCGAUGUGCUUGCCAAGGGCGCCACAGGGGUGCGUCGCGUGUGGUGCGACACCAAGGGCAAGGAGACGCGUACAAUGUACAAGUUGGGCUGGGAGCGUGACGUUCUCGACCUCGAGUCGCGCCUUCAUGAGACCAUGUACGAGGUCGCCGGCGGUAGACACUCCUUUGUGGACGGCGAGCCGGCGACGGUCCUCGAUCUUGGUACGGGCUCCGGGCUGUGGCCCGUCUCUGCUGCGCUGCAGUGGAGAGACGCGAAGAUCAUCGGCGCCGACCUUGUCCCCUGCCAUAUUGAUUUGCAAGCACUCGCUGCCGCCGAGACCAGAGCGCGCUCCAGUGUGUCUGGCGAGGCCGACGGGUUGGGCGUGUGGGCAAGCGUGGCCUCGCGCGUCUCCUUCCAGCAGUUCAACUUCCUCGAGGACUUCCCGUACGACUCGGGCGUUUUUGACAUGGUGCACAUCCGCUUCGUCGGCCUCGGUGUUCCCGAGACGCACUGGGCUGAGCUGCUAGACGAGGCGGUUCGCGUUCUCCGUCCUGGGGGCGUGCUUGAGAUCGUCGAGAUGUCGUGCGAGCCGCCCCCUUCCGCGCCUGCUGCGGUCGCCAACAGUUUCGCUUCCCAGCUCCUCUCCGACUUUAUACCCCAAAACCCGGUCCUUGCGCUUCAGAUGCACCUCCCAGCCACGGCGGCGCUCGCUCAAGGCUCGACUAGACCCUUUUUCCAGAUGACGUGGACCGCGGGCCAGUCGGACGACGACUAUUUCAGCCCUUCGCCAUAUGGGCCGCGGAGCCCGCCGCCCGCGAUCGCCGACGCCGCGCCCACCUGGAUACGAUCUUGCCUCAGCUACAGGGGAACAGGACUGAAGGCACUGCAGGGCUCUGGGACAGGCGCGCGCGCCGUCCAGAAGCUUACCGCCCUUGACCCCACACGGUGGGGCGCAGUCCAGCCCCCGAGCGAGGAGGACACGGAACCGGAGGCGCCGCGGACGCCUGCAACCGGAGGAAGGAUCUCGCUUGCCGCCUGGGUAGCGGUCAAGAUGUAG